UGAACUCACUGCCUUAUACAAACCCAUUCAUAUGUCAGAUUAAUAAAUAUGAUUUAAUCAGUGACUUUUCCAGUGAUUUACAUUUUACGUGAAAAUUUUAUAGUUUUGUGAAACAAGUCUGCACAUCAAAUCUGUAAUAGCAGAAGUUAUCCAGAUGGCUAAAUUCAAGAAUAUUUUCACAAACAUCUUUACCAAAACGAAUGCAAAGUUGGAAACAGACGCAGCAAUCAUUCCACAUAGUGUUGGUGAUGGUGAUGAUAAAGACCCAAAUUAUAGAAACAAUAUUUCCCCACUCACUGAACCUGGUGAAACGCGUCUAGAUCCUAGCCCAUCAUCAUCCGGUGGAGACCACACAAAUUCCAUUGUACCUGCCAGUAGGGCAACACCGGAUCAACUAAUGGUGAAUCCGGCGGCAAGGGCUUUAACGCAGAACAUCAUCAACAAUGUGCAAAACAAUGCUCUGACAGCACCGCAGACCUCGAUUACCAAUGCAACAGGUGUCCAAGUUUACCAAAUAAAGAACGCACGAAACGUUCAUAUUGGCAAUAGUAUCACCUUCAACUCGGCGAAUACCGAAGAUGAUCGCACAAGGUCACCUGCCACCGCUAAUGGUCCAGUUAAAUGGGCUAAUUUGAAACUUUCUGACACAAUUCGGCAGAUGAUGGAUUGUGAAGAUGACUUGGACACAGACAUGAUGAUUGCCAUAUCACGACAUUUGGGUUACGAAUGGAAACAGUUCGCAAGAACAUUGGAAUACUCGGAAGGGCAAAUAGAAGCAUUCGAAUGUGAUAAUGAUACGUUAUCCGAAAGAAUUUAUCAGUUCAUUUUGGACUGGUCUCGUAAUGACGACGAACCAACGCUCGGAAAAAUGGUCAAACUAUUGUGGGAACAUGUGCACAAGGAAACAGUCUACCACAUGAAGCUAGUAUGGAAAAAGCGACAGCAGAGUUAAACCGAAUGAAAUGCCUGGAUAUGGUUUUUCUCCUAGGAAAUCCCCAAAGCUUGUUGCCGACGUCAAUUUACCGUACUAUAUUGAUACAUUGUUGCAUUCCAUAAGAAAAAGUGCCUAUGAAAAACAAAAUUGAAACUCAUUCAUCAGACAGUGCAUGUCUAAUGCUAUACCUUUGUUAUUUUUUAAAUAUAUUCUAAUAAAAGAUAGGUUUAAAAUAAAUAUCUU